AUACAGCGUAUAUAAAUACACGUCCAUAGCCCUGGUGUCCCUGGGGAUCUUUACCUGCACUGUCAUGUCUGCAAAGCAAGUGGCAUCUGACUCCAGCUUAAAUGAAGAGGACGGACUCCAGGUUUUCUUGUGGUGGCUGCUAGGUAUUGCCGCACUCACCUUCGCCCUCCUCAUGUCUGCCAGGAUGGGGAUUUUCCAGGAGACGCUGUACAAGCAGUUUGGGAAGCACUCCAAAGAGGCCCUUUUUUACAAUCACGCGUUACUGCUCCCUGGCUUUCUCCUCUUUGCCCCAAACAUCUACCACCAUGCAGUCCUCUUCAGCCAGUCCGAGCUGUUCCAGGUCCCAGUGAUCGGGCUGACCCUGCCAAUCAUGUGGUUCUACCUCCUCAUGAACGUCAUCACUCAAUACGUCUGCGUCCGAGGCGUCUUCAUCCUCACCACGGAAUGCACCUCCCUCACCGUCACGCUGGUGGUGACACUGCGCAAGUUCGUCAGCCUCAUCUUCUCCAUCCUCUACUUUCACAACCCCUUCACGGCCUGGCACUGGCUGGGCACCACCUUCGUCUUCGUGGGGACUGUCAUGUACACGGAGGUGUGGAACAGCCUCGGGCCCUUCCUGGCCCGCUGGAGGAAGAGGCCGAAGGAGGAUUAG